CACCUGACAGCUACAAAGUGCAAGAUAAGAAAACUGCCUCCAAUCGCCCUUCCACUGCAAUUUCAGGACAAAAUAACAACCCCUCAGGAAGCAAACCAGAUCCCCCACCAGUGCUACGGGUUGAUGACCGGCAGCGACUGGCCCGGGAGCGACGUGAGGAACGGGAGAAACAGCUAGCUGCAAGAGAAAUAAUCUGGUUAGAAAGAGAACAGCGAGCCAGGCAACAUUACGAGAAGCACCUGGAAGAGGAGGAGCGGAGGAGGGCUGCCGUUGAGGAGAAACGAAGGCAGAGGCUAGAGGAGGACAAGGAGCGCCAUGAAGCUGUUGUACGGCGUACAAUGGAAAGAAGCCAGAAACCAAAACAGAAGCAUAACCGGUGGUCGUGGGGAGGCCCUCUCCAUGGUAGCCCCAGCAUCCACACUACAGAUCCAGACAGGCGGUCAGUUUCCACCAUGAAUCUAUCGAAACAUGUUGAUCCUGUCAUUAGCAAGCGGCUCUCCUCCUCAUCUGCAACUUUACUAAAUUCUCCAGAUAGAGCUCGCCGCCUGCAGCUCAGCCCAUGGGAAAGCAGCGUUGUUAACAGACUCCUGACGCCCACACAUUCGUUCCUGGCCAGAAGUAAAAGCACAGCUGCCUUGUCUGGAGAUGCAGCAUCUUGCAGCCCCAUCAUCAUGCCCUACAAAGCUGCACACUCUAGAAAUGCGAUGGAUCGACCAAAACUCUUUGUAACACCACCCGAGGGCUCCACGCGCAGGAGGACCAUUCAUGGCACAGCGGGCUAUAAAAAGGAGAAAGAAAGAGAAAAUGUACCCUUCCACCUUACAUCUGGCAUCCGAAGGGCUCUGUCUCCAUCUAAUCCCAAAGCAAGAUCACCAGCUUCUUCCCGACUUUGGCUCCCGUCCAAGUCCUUUCCUCAUUUGCCUGGCACACCCAGGCCAGCAUCCUCCUUGCCCUCUGGAUCAGUCAAAGCUGCUUCUGCUCAAAUCCGGCCCCCAUCCCCUGGCAACAUCCGCCCUGUGAAGAGAGAAGUUAAAGUGGAACCUGAGAAGAAAGAGCCUGAGAAGGAACCUCAGAAAGUUGCCAGUGAACCCUCACUGAAGGGUAGAGCAUCUCUAGUGAAGGUAGAAGAAGCCACGGUUGAAGAGGGGACAUCUGUUGAGACUGAAGCAGACCCUGCUGCUCCAGCCACGGCACCAGCACCAGACCCUGCUCCAGGCCCUACUCCUGCUCCAGCCUCAACCCCAGCCCCAGCCUCAGUCCUAGCCCCGCCAUCCACUGUGACUGUCAGUGCUUCUCCUAAGACCUCAGCAGGCACCACCGACCCUGAAGAGGCCACAAGGCUGCUGGCUGAGAAGAGGCGACUGGCCCGAGAGCAGAGAGAGAAGGAGGAAAGGGAGAGGCGGGAGAAGGAAGAGCUCGAAAGACAAAAGAGAGAGGAAUUGGCUCAAAGGGUAGCCGAAGAGAGAGCUCGUCGCGAGGAGGAAUCGCGAAGACUGGAAGCUGAGCAAGCCAAGGAGAAGGAAGAGCAACUGCGGCGGCAAGCAGAAGAGCAGGAGUGUCGGGAGCGGGAGGAGAUGGAGCGCCUCCAGAAACAGAAAGAAGAAGAAGCUCGUGUUCGUGAAGAGGCCGAGAGGGUUCGUCAAGAACGAGAGAAGCAUUUCCAGAGAGAAGAGCAGGAACGCCUGGAGAGAAAGAAGAGACUUGAGGAGAUCAUGAAAAGAACCAGGAGAACAGAAGCUUCUGAUAAGAAAACUGUUGAUCAGAGAAAUGGUGAUAUAGUUAAGGGAACACUCGCUGGAGAAACAGAAGUAGGUGCUCUCCCAUGUGUGACCACCUCUGCAGAGUCUGGAGGACCAGCGGCCAGCCCACAAGUGCUUACCUCACUCCAAUCAAAAGUGACUGUGGAUAGUGCUCCCAAUUUGGAAAAGCAACCAAAUGAAAAUGGAGUAUCUGUUCAGAAUGAAAAUUUUGAAGAAAUUAUAAACUUACCCAUUGGAUCUAAACCAUCCAGAUUAGAUGUCACCAACAGUGAGAGCCCAGAAAUUCCUUUGAAUCCAAUUUUGGCCUUUGAUGAUGAAGGGACACUUGGGCCCCUCCCUCAGGUAGAUGGCGUUCAAACACAACAAACCGCAGAAGUCAUAUGAACAUUUCUUCUGAAGAACUAAAGCAGAAAUUUAAUAAGAAUUUCUACAGUUAAUGGAAUUCCUUUCAUGCUAUCAAGGAGCAUCCCCUCCUCGAGUUUUCUAAAGAUUUCUUGACCAUCAUUUUGAAAAGACUUUAUUAAAACCAGCUAAAGACAACAGACUGGAUAGCUUUUCUAAUAAUUUUCGCCAGAAGAAAGAAAGAAAUGCUCCGUAUUCUUCAAUACUUUAAGAUAACUUUUCUCAGUGUGCUCCUUCUUAGCAAAUCAAUAUUUUUCUGCAUUCUUUAAAAGACGAGAGCAUUUGGCUAUAAAAGAAAAAAAAAGCUGAUUAGGCAUGACCUUUCACAUAGAUAUUUUGAUCUUAAAAGCUUAAUGGGUAAAAUUGCCCAAAAAAAAAUUUUAAAUUACCUUUUACAAUAUAAUACUUGAAAAAUAAGUACCUCUUUGGACUACAAAUAGAGUGAAUAGGGGAGGUGUUUAAAUUAAGCCUGUUUGUUUAAAUAUUAUUGCAAAGAGCUCUAUUGGUAGAGGCAAAUUCUAGGCAGAUUACCAGGUUCUUCUCAUUUGCAACUUGUACAUGGACAUUCUUCAAACCCAGCUGUCACAUUCUCGCAACUUUUUUUGUGAAAGCAUACUAAAACGUUUUAAAAUGUGGGGAAAAAAUUAUUUUUUCAAAGCAAGAAAACAACUUACUGUCGUCUUAGAUAAUGCAUUUGUAAAGGGUUUUUUUUUUUUUUCAGAUAAACUAAUCAAAUAAAUCAGAACAAUGUGACAACAUUGCAAAUUUGAUUUAUUAGCUGCAUUUCUUGGAAUGUUACUAUGAGAGAAUGUCACUGACGAUCCAGGGCUGUCUCUGAAGUCUGUAUGUUGCUGCUGUCCCCAGUAACGGUGGGACUUACCUUUGCCUUACCUGAUCCCAAAUUAUGUGGGGGAGGAAUGAAGAUUUAAUAUUUCUUUAAAUAAAAAAAGUAUUCGGUUUUGCUCGUUUAAGAGCAAUGAAAAAAUGAUGGAAUGUUGACUGCAUUUGACGCACGAACUUCCUCGUUCUGCAUAGCAUCCAUCAGCUUUUCAGUUUUCAUUCUAGUUCUUCACUCUUGCUGCUGAGCCUAGCUGUACAGACUUUGCACUUUCAUUUGCUGAUAUAAUUCAAUUUUAUUUUACCACUUUAGAGACUGCUAAUGACUAAAUGUAAAAGAAGAACAUGUUUUUAUGUGGAGUGUUUAAAAAAAAAAAAACCACUCUAAUGUGUUUUAUUAAAGGGGGGGUAAUUUUCUAGAUAGUCUAUUGGACCAUUUCUUUUCAAUCCAAGCAUAUGCUCAUUAGUAACAGCUUGUAAUUUGUUAAAAACAUUAAUUGGGGAUUUUUACCUGUUCUCAGUUGUCCAUGUACACAUAGUCAUUAUAUUAAAAAAACAAACAAACAAA